CAGCAGUCGGGCACUAGCAUACGGACUGGAUAGAUUUUGAGGGCUUUUCACGAAGAUGUGUUCACUUGUUCCCGGCUCGUGCAUCAAGACGCGCUACGUGAUCGAUCACUGUCUCUAUCUCACUCAGCGUGAAAGGCCACGCGCCGUCAGACGCCUCUGGCUCACCCCCAACAAUGAGUCGCGACAACAUUCAGCUACAGCAUACGGGACGACGGCUGUUCGAGGAAGGCGCCGCAGACUGCGCCCUAGAUCCUGAGGGUGGCCAUAACAUUACCGUUCUGACCAGAUUUCAAUGAUAAGCACCUCCCAAGCGCUGGGCCAGUGGGCCAUGAGGCAACAGCUCACUAUCUUUUCUGGCCUACCUAGCUAUUGGUUGGCAUCCCUUCGAAAUUGACACGCAGGCCUUGCGAGCGCCAAACUUACCACGCGCGGCAGGCAAUGUCAGCAUUAGGCCUAUCACAUACUACUCAGUACGCACAACAUCCAUACUGUCAACACAAAGCUAGGCGCCAAGGCCACAACAAUAACCACCAUAGAAGUACCUAUAUUCCAGGAAGCCUCCAAUCUCCGGACUAUUAGCCGUCGCAGGCAGUUCACUGUCAACCAAGACUGACAAGAUCCACACGAUAAAGGCAUUAUUGAGCAGUGAUUCUCUAUAUUACUGUGCACUGCGCACAGUGAGCUUGCUGCUGAUCAAAUUCGCCACACCACCAGAUUGCAACAGCCCCUGCUGUGGAGCAGCAGCUGAGAUUACGGCGAGACGGUGUGGUUGUGUCGUUGGCUGCCCUAGGAACCCCUGGCAUCCUGCGAAAGUAUCCGCCACAACAGGGAUUGCUCGAGCUUCAUAGGGCCAUGUGCCGUGCGCGAUAUCAUGCUGCUUGCCAGCGCUACAAUGAAUCUGGACACCGCUCACGAUAGCGCUUUUACAACGGAAUGCGUGCGUAUGAUUUCGCUGAAGAAGGAAUCAACAGCGAUCACCCUGGCCUAUGCUUGCUGUUGGGCAAUAAUUGGAUUCAUGACAAUCAUACAGUUCGCGAAAACCCCAAUCUGUGGCUCGACACGUGACAGUUUGUGCUCACGCUGGGGGUCCUGAUCUGGACAUGAUGACUUGGCAUGUCAUGCGCAGAGGAUGACAAGUUGACGACUGCUGCUUAAGCGACAGACAUGCAAACCGCCCUCGGAUCGUUUGGCCAAGUCCUCAAUCGCAUCAGCUCGGGAGCUCGACGACUUCGACGAUGGCAGUCUUUGCAGAUUUAGAUCAACCCCAGUCGGAUUAUAAGGUUUUAUCACCUGGACGUCUUUUAAUAGACCUACCUCCUAGUACCGCCAUCAUUUUUGAUCUCUAGCUAGUGGCUAGUAGCUACUGGCCACGGACUCGACGACGUGAAUCUGAUAUCCGACGCAACCGGCGAUAUUAUUUGCUGACCAUGAAUGCAAGCCUGGUUCUGACAGUGGGAUCGGCUGAGCAAGGUCGUCUGCAACAACACUGGCAUUGCAUGGGAGGCGGCACAAUAGUAUGUCGGGCUAUCAGUCCAUCUACUACGACCAUAAGACCAACAACCGGUUGACGCGCUUGUCGCGACAGCCACAUUGGAUGAUGAGGCUUCAAUGUUGCCAAUCAAAUGAUCCAAAAGAGGACCAAAGCCUUGGCCAUUAUUGCAUGCGGAAUUGAUGAAAGCGAGAUACCAACUCUACACAGCUCUACAUCACGCUGCCGACCGAAUUCAGCUCAGGAAUGACAUUUUUGUGCCAACGACGUGGCGUUCCAGGGAUCCUUCAAUACUUGUAUGGUCGGCUGCCUGGCGUCGGCAUUUCCGCAGCAUCUGCCUCAUCCCAUGGUAUAUCUACACGCUCACCAAGGUCUCAGAAUAGGUUCACUAUUGCAUGGAUUGCACUUGCCACACUGUGGAUGGUUCCAGACCUGUCCUCGUGGCACAUGGCUAUUGUGCGAUGUUCUCAGCACAGACUAGGGUUUCAUUACAAUAUCUCCACGGCACUUACUAACCUUCUCUGCCUCUUCUGCGGGAUCUUAUGCUGAUACUCUUUCAAUAUCGGUUGUUCGAGGGCGCAGCUCAACAUAGAUACCGCUGAGUCAUGCUGACCUCUAUGUGCCGGUACUAUCAGGGAGGUUGUUGGGGUCAGUCCGUAUAGCCAGUAGGUAUGUGGGAUGCAUGCACGCAAUUGAAUCCUAGGACCAGAUCGGAAAUACGAGGGCGAAGUGUCCGUGUGCUAUAUCGAAAAUAUCGAUCCUCUUGAUCCUCUAAGCCAGUCCUUUGCUUGGUUUAUAAGACCUGUCACACACCGCGCACCUGUCACUCCUUAGUCUACACCAUACCACUGAUCCCAUGAUGUCCACUUAUAGGCUCUUUGCAGCCGUCACGCUGCUAGCCUCCAGCCUGGCAGCUCCUGCACCUGUACCGCAAGCAGAAUUCAACGUUGCAAAAACGAAUACUACCGACAACACCCCAGAGGACUCGACCCUGCUAGCACUCGACGAUGAAGGCGAAAUACAGAACCUUGGUGGGCCUGCGGGUUCGGAGUACAACUUUCUAUCAUGGGUGCCGUUGGGACAAGACUUGGAACCAAAACUGUCACAGGAACAAACGAAUGGCAAUAGCAAGCUAGGAACAUUCGACGCACCAAAACUACCGCGCUUUUUGGAAGGGACCGCAAUAUCUCAGGGGUUCCCAUGGGGAGGCAGGACAGCCGAAAAUACGGACUACUACCACGACACGCCGAACACUGGAGUCACAGUGCACUACGACUUCACAGUUAGCACUAUGACGAUAGCACCAGACGGUGUUGAAAAACAAAGCAUUGUUAUCAACGGACAAUAUCCGGGCCCUACUAUAGAAGCAAAUUGGGGCGACUGGAUAGAGGUUGUAGUGCAUAACGCGCUUGAUGAAGGCACUUCUCUUCACUGGCAUGGACUGUUGCAGACCGAGACACCCUGGUUCGACGGAGUGCCUGGUGUCCAGCAAUGUCCGAUCGCACCUGGAGGAAGCUUCACCUAUAGAUUUCGCGCUGAUCUAUACGGCACUUCUUGGUGGCACAGUCACUACUCAGCGCAGCUUGCUGGAGGGGCUUUUGGUCCUCUCGUCAUAUAUGGACCUCACGACAACCAGGACUAUGACAUCGAUCUCGGACCAGUAAUGAUUAAUGACUGGUUUCACAAAGACUACUUCACUCUAGUGGAGAAAGUCAUGGCUCCUGCUGCCGAAAACCAACCACCUCCGAUCUCGAACAACAACUUGAUCAAUGGAAAGAUGAAUUACCCAUGCGCUAACAGCACCACUGGGACCAAGUGCACCCCGAAUGCAGGCGUGAGCAAGUUCAGCUUUGAGUCUGGGAAGUCGUAUCGCUUGCGGCUGAUCAACGCUGGUGCUGAAGGAAUGCAGAAGUUCAGUAUCGAUGGUCAUAAGCUGACCGUGUUUGCCAAUGACUUUGUUCCCAUUGUACCAUACGAGACGGAUGUUGUCACGCUCGGUGUGGGCCAACGAAGCGAUGUGGUCGUCAAGGCUACUGGCAAGCCCACAGAUGCUGUCUGGAUGCGCUCAGACCUUGGCCCAGCCUUUGCAGCAGGGGGCUGUUCUCUAACUGAUGGUGUCUCUCCGGUAGCUCUGGCUGCGAUCUAUUAUGAGGAUGCCAAUACCCCUGCGGUACCGACGACCACAUCUGACAUCUCUAUUGACAAGAUCAAGACUUGCAAGAAUGACGACCUCCGUUUGACGGUGCCAUACUAUCCGAUACCUCUCCCGCCACCGACGACAGAACAGAACAUCGACGUCACGUUCCAAAGCAACGGCACGCACACACUAUUCUACAUGAAUAACAGCACAUUCCGCGCAAACUACAACGACCCGGUUCUGCUCGACGCCAAGAACGGCGACCGAGACUUCCCGGCGAGCUACAACGUCUUUGACUUUGGCUCGAGCACAUCCAUCCGCCUCGUCGUCUACAACUACGCCCCCACGGGGAGCCAUCCCAUGCAUCUGCACGGCCACAACAUGUACAUCCUCGCCGAAGGCACAGGAAUUUGGAACGGCGACGUGACGCACGCCAACAACCCGCAACGACGGGACGUGCACCUCCUGCAGAACGCCAUCAGCACCACCCAGCCUUCGUACAUGGUCAUUCAAUUCGACGCAGAUAACCCGGGUGUCUGGCCCUUUCACUGCCAUAUCGCGUGGCAUGUUUCCGGUGGCUUGUAUAUUAAUGUGUUGGAACGACCGGAUGAUAUUCAGAAGGAAAUGUCCAUUCCGGAAAUUAUGGCGCAGACUUGUACCGACUGGGACGCGUAUUCGUCACGCGAUGUGGUGGAACAGAUUGAUUCGGGUUUGAGAAUUCGAGACGGUUUGUCAUGGUAAAUGAUAGGGGGGAGAGAGAAAAAAAGGAUGAUAUCAAAAGAGAAAGCACACACACUUAAAAAACGACAGUCACGAUUUUUUAUUGUUUCAAAAAGAGAUGGAUGGUGUUGUUAAUGAGAUAGAUAUCUCAUGAGGUUUUACGGAUAACGAUAUCGAUACCUAUGUAUGUACAUAUAUGUACCAGGCAGGUACUUGGUACAGAAAUCAGC